AUGGCGUCGUGCAGCGAGAUAGCAAUUGCGUUCUGGAACUCCCGUUGGAGCCCCAUGUCUGCCACCACGGUGCGUGCAAACUCUUCUGGCGUUAUGGCACUAUUAAGGAUAUCCCACUCGAUCUUGUCUUCGUACAGGGUGUUAUCUAGACUGAUCGAUAUGUCCAUGAUUGCGUGGAGUUCCUUCUCCUGGAACAGCUGGGGCAAUGGUGCCGAUGUGAUGGCCCGUUCUGGGGUGACCAAACUCUCGUUCAAGUUCCACAUGAACAAAUCGUUGACCCGUGUGCCGCUUGUUUCCAAGUUCAACUUGAUGGGCACCAUUUGUUCGGGGACAGAGCAAUUGGCAAGGUUCUCCGCCUCUGUAAACACGGUCUUAUACUUCUCGCGCGGAGCAUCUUUGCCCUUAAACAGCGUCAUAUUGACACCGGCGCCAUUGGCGUUGUUGCGCGAGCCUGCUGCGCCGUCCUCGUCGUAG